UAUGUUUAUUAUUUUGCACUUAACGUAAGUGGCAUUAUCACAGAAGUAUAUAUCAAUCAUAUAUAAUUAAGACUUACAACUUUGUUUGGAUAUGAUGCUUCAGGUAAUAUUUGUCCAAUGGGAUUUGCUGAUUGCCAACCUACUUAAUAUAUUCCAUGUGAAUUUGGUUACUUUUUAUAUAUUGAUCCUUUGAAUUAACAUAAUUGUUUACCAUGGUAUAUAUUUAUUUCUUAAGUUAGUCCUUAUUUUUUGUUUUAAGACAAUUUAAAUAUUUUAUGUGGAGACUGUUUGGAAGAUCCUUACAAUUGGCAAAAAUCUAGGACUUGUACAUAUAAUUACAGAAUUCAGACAGGAUCUGCUGAUGAGGUUUAUGUAAGAGAAAAUGUUUAAAAAACAAUAUUUUAUAUUUAAGAAAAGGCGACAAGUAUUGUGAAUCCGACCAGACCUGUAAAAUUCAAAUAUGAGCUUUUAAUUUGUGAGGGAUGUAGAUAAUUUUGUAUUUUGGAAGCAAAUACGGAUAAUAAUAAUGUAGGAGAUGAAUAAUAUGAUGAGAAUUAAAAAGAUGAAGUAGAUGAAGGAGAUGAAGUAGAUGAAGUAGAUGAAAGAGAUGAAGGUUAAUCAUGUUUUGAUAAUAAUUAAUAAGAUAAUUAAUACAAUGGGAUUACCUGUUUAGAUCAUUAUUAUUAUAUUGAUUUUGAAUGUAGAGAAUGUUAAAAAAAUUGUAAAUCUUGUAAUUCUAAAAAAUGUAAAAGUUGUAUUGAUGGGUAUUAUUUGGACAGAUAAUCAUUUUGUUAGAUGUGUUAGCCUAGUUGUUAAAAAUGUGAAUAUUCUUCAUUUGAUAAUAUAUUAUUAUGUUUGUAAUGUUCAAGGUCAGAUGAAGAGUAUUUAGUUGAAAGUCCUGAUUUUUAAAAUUGUUAAACUUGUGAAUAUUAAUGUGCAAGAUGUGAAUACAUAUCAUACGAUUAUUACAAAGAUGAAGAGGAUGGCUAUUUAGAAUAUGGUACAAGAGAUCAAUACUUUGAUCCUAAUAUCAAUUAUAUACUUAGAUGUAGACAGUGUGUUUCAUCAUCAUAAUUUAUUUCUUAUGAUGGAUAAACUUGUGAAAUCUGUUCUAUUUAAAAUUGCUAAUUAUGUUAUUAUGAAUUAAAUAAAGGCACCACUCUAGAUUAUGAUUUUAUUCCUGCUGACACUCCUAAAAAUUCAGAUGUCUUAUGUCACUUAUGCAAAGAAGGAUAUUAUCGAAAAGAUAAUAAAAAAGAAUGUUUAGAAAUACCUUCUGAUCCUGAUACUACCUGUAGUUCUUACAAUGAAUUUACUUAAACAAAAUGCACAUUCUGCAAUGAAUAUCCUUUAGAUUUAUAAUCUAUAGAUAAUCCAACAUGUUUGAUGAUCAAAAAAUGUUCUAAUUUUAUUAAAAAUUGUGAUAAAUGCUUUUUCUAAAAAUAACCUGAAAAUCAAGAUGCAAUUAUGUCUAUUUGUACUUAAUGUAGAAAUGGAUAUUAUCCUGAUAUAUUUUCAGGAAAAUGUUUAAAUUGUCCUAUUAAUUGUAAAACUUGCUGGCAAUAUACUCCUAGUUAUAAUUUUACAUCCUAUUUAUAAACUUAUUAAAAAAUUACUCAAGAAGAUAUUUCCAACUUCAUACUUGAACAAUUAUAAGAUGCAAAAUGUACUCAAUGUUAAGAAGGAUACUUCUUAUACAAUAAUCAAUGUAUUGGAUGUACUAGUAAUUGUAAAUAUUGCUAUUAUGAUGAUGAAAAAGCAUUCUGCUACUAUUGUGGAUCUCCAGAUUAAUAAUCUAUAGUUUCAGACAUGAGUGAAUGUUAAGAAUGUCCAAGAUUUUGUGCAGCUUGUAGAGAUAGAGAAGAUACUGAUCCAAUUGUUAAUAGAUACUUUAAUCCAGUUAAUCAAAUACUCAAUAAAUAUAGCAGAUUAUGUUAUAAAUUAGAUUCAAAAGCUAUGCAAACAUAAAAUUAUUGUGUUUUUCUUGAUAAUUAAAUUGGAUUACCAGUCAGUUGUUAACAUCCUGAUUGUCCUUAAAAUAAAUAAUAUAAAUGUUUCAAAACAGAGGAGCUUAAUAUAGAUUUUCAUUGUGAUGAAGAUCUUGAUUAAAAAUAUAAUUCUGCUAAAUCUAAAACUUCCAUAAUAACUUUUUAGGAACAUGACUCUUUUGCCAAAUAUCAAAAUUAUAAUGAAAAUACAAUCAAACAAUUAAUUAUCAAAUUAAAUUUUAUUGGGAAUAUUUGUUAAUUCAAAAAAGAAUCUUAAUUUAAAUUUUCCUUUCUCUAAAAUGUAUACUCCUUAUAGAAAGUUAAAUUAAAAAUUAACUAAGACUUGAAUUCAUUAUAAAAAUGGAUAGCUACUGGAAUUAUUUCCUUUGUUGGUGUAUCUGAAGUUUAAAUCAAUAAUGUUUAAAUCUAAUACCAUCAUUUUGAUAAUAAGAAUAGCCCAAAAGAAUUUGGAUUUCUUAUUAAAAACUAAGAAGAAACUCAAUUUAGUCUAUAAAAUGUUGAAUUUAUUAAAGAUAAAUUUAGUAAUCAAAAACUUAUUAUAAGUGUUGAUAAUCCUAUUAAUUUUACUAUGUAAAAUGUUAAAAUCUAAAAUAUUGAAAGGAAAGAUUAAGUUGUCUCCUUUAAUUAUACCUUAAGGUCUCUCAGCUAUCAAGAUUUUAAAAUAAUCAGUGUACAACUUGUUGAUUGUGACUAUAACUAUUCAACAAUUCUUGCUUUUAGUAACCUUGCUCCAUCUCUAUUUUUAAAAAUAAGCAAUUUAAAAAUAACUGGAGCUUAUUUUACAAGUUCCUCUAUUAUUAGAUCUAUCUUUCAAACAAAUAGCUUAUUUUAUUAAAUUGAUAAACUUACUUUAAUAUUUAAUUACUUUUCAAAUAGUACUUUAUUCUAAUUAGCCAAUCUAAGGACAUCAGAGUAGUUUUCAAACAUUGAUAUAUUACACAAUCGUUUUAUUAACAGCAAAGCAUUUCUAAUGAAUUCAUUCUAGUUUUCUUAAUUUUAUUUUGAUAAAAAUAUACUUUAAAACAACUCUAUAAUAUUUUAAACUGUAAAGGAAUUGAAAAUAAACGUCUAAUUACAGAGCUCUUUAUUGGAAUAUAAAUUUGAUAAAAUUAAGAUCGUAAAUAGUAAUUGUUAUACAAUUAAUUGUUUCAUGAUAAUGAGUACACCAAUAAAUACAUAUUCUAUUACUUCAAAUUUGACGAUUAGCAAUUUUUAGAUUUCUAACAUAGGUUUGUUUAGCAUAAGUUAAUAAAAUACUUUACUCACUACAUCAGCAUUAAUAAGUUGGAAUAAUUUUUAAGAUAUCAAAUUAUCAAAUUUGUAAUUUGAUAAUAUCUAAGGCCUUACAAUAUUUUAUAUAUCAAUUCUGAAAAGCUUAACAAUUACUACUUUAAAAUAUGAUUGGAGUUAAUCCAAUUAUUAUCAGUAAAAGAUAAAUCCAAAAAAUAAUCUAAUUCCAACAUCUAUAGAUUGUUCAGUGCGUAAAAUUACACGCCCUUCAUUUUCUUACAUUUUAUUUUUUAUAGAUUAAUUUUCAAGUGCUAUUAACAUAUCUGAUAUUUUGAUCCAAAGGUAAUUAUUAAUAGAUGCAUCAAUAUUUCAUAUUUAAUCCUAUGAUAUUGCCUAUAUAAAUACUACUAAAGGUAACAUUACUGAGAGUAUUAUUUUAGAAAGAUUUUAAAUAUUAAAUAAUUCUUUAGUGUCUACUAAUAGAGGUUUUUUUUCUGGCUGUAUCAAUAUUAUCUCAAAUUAAAUUUAAACAAUUAUUAUGAAUAAUCUAAACUUUUAGAGUAAUCAUCUUCAAUAAAUAAUAUCUAAAUAGACAAUCCCAAUUGCAACUCUAUUUUAAAUAUCCUCAUCAAAAUCAACUAUUAGAUUAACUCAAUUAUUAUCUGAAUACAAUAGAGCUAUUAAAAGUGAUUUUGGUUUGAUAAAAAUUAAUUGCUAAAAAAUAAUAAUUUCAAACGCAACAUUUAGAUACACGAACAUUGUCGAUAAAUUAUGGGUUAAACGUAUUGAACCAAAUUAAAUAAUAACAGAUAAUGAUCUUAAAUCAUUCUUUGAAAUAAAAUCUUAUGGAGCAAUUAUGAACUUAAAAACAAUUGAAGCUACAAUUUCUUAGCUUUUUAUUAAUUAUACAAGUGGAAUUUAAGCUGGUAUUAAAUUAUAAACUAUUGGAACAUCGAAUAUCUUAAUUAAAGAUUCUUAAUUGUUUAAUAUUUUUAGUAGUCUUGAAUUGAAACAUUCAUCUAUAGGAGGAAGUUUAUACAUAGAUUCAACAUUAUCAAAUUUAAAUUGCAUAAUAUCAAAUAUUAGUAUAAUAAAUAGUAGAGUUAGAUAAACGGGAGGUUGCAUUUACAUUUUAGCUUCUAAUUUAAAUUAAAAUAUCACAAUAGUAAAAUCUAACUUUUAAGAGUGCUAAGCCUUAGAAACAUCAUUUAUGAAAGUUGAUUUUCUUGCAGAUGCUAUAUUUUAAUAGGUAACUCUACAAAAUGUGAAUAUUUAAGAUAAUAGCAUCGAUAAAUUAAUUAGUGUUGUGCCAUAAAUUUAAAUAUUUGAAUAAUUAUUUUUUUUAAAAACUAGUAGUGUUUAUACUCAAAAUAAUGGAAGGCUAAUUAUAGGUGACACAUAAUUUAAUUAGAUUAAUUAUACAUCUGCUCUAUCAUUAAGUUAGAUAAAAUUUUUGUAUAUCAACAAAUUAUAGAUUUUAAAAGGAUAUUUAUUUUAUAAUCCAUUAAUUUCAUUAAGCUUCUUACAAUCUGGAGGACAAGCAUAUAUUGGUAAUUUGGAAAUAAUUUAAUUUAAUGAAACAGAUUCAUAGAUGAAUUCAUCAAAUUGUCCUUCUGAAUUUCCUUAAUCUUUUACAUACAUAAUUCCAGAAUAAAACUGUGAUUCAAUACUAUAAAUUUAAGAGUAGUUAGAUGAAAUAGAUAAUUAAGAUGAGAUAUAUGAAUAUUAUGAUGAAAUUUUAGAAAACCAAUAUUAAGGAUUAAACUCUAAUAGUAAAUAUAUUCCAAUAAAUAUUUAAAAGGCCAAACUUGAUAACUAAUCAUAAAUAAUAGAUAUUAUGAUUACUUUAAAUUAAUAACUAGUAAGUUGUUUAAUAAACAGCAUUUUGAUUCUAAGUCAAAAAUUAAAUUUGGAUAAAUUUACAUCAUUGUUUUAUGUAAACGAGGUUAACGAUAAUAGUUUGAUUAAAAUAAAAAAAAUGUAAUUUGUUAAAAAUUAAUGCUUAUAAUGCAGAGGAGGUUUACUUUAAGUCCGGAGUAUUUCUCAUUCUAACUUAAAAGAGUUGAUUUUUAUCUCUGAAUUUUUCUGUUAAUAUAGCAUUGUUGGUUAUUAUGGUUGUGCAUCACUGUUAGUAGAUGAAAAGAUUAAUGAUGUAACAUUAUUAUCUAAGAUUAUUGAUAAUGAUAUUAAAGGUUCACGACUAUUAUAAUCAUCUGAUAUAAGAUCAUUAAAUUAUACUAUAUUCAUUUCUAAUUAUUAAUGUAUUAAUAAUUUGGCAAGGGCUGGAACAUGUUUAAACUUGAGAGGUGUGACAGUCAUUAUUUAGGAUAGUUUAUUUAGUAUUAAUAAUGCAACUCUGGUUGGAGGAUCUAUAUAUUUUGAUAAUUUAGGUUCUAAUAAUAUGUAUUUAUAAAAUAAUCAAUUUAUUAAUAAUUAUGCCUAAAUAGGAGGUGCAAUUUAUUUAUUAAAUUAUUAAUUAAGUAACACUGAAAAUUAAUAAAUAAAUUUUGAUAAAAAUUAUGCAGAUGAUGGUGGAAAUGAUAUUUAAGAACUCACAAUAUAAUAAACUUUGUAAUUAAUAAAUAUUCCUUUUGAAACAUAAACUUAUUUAGAUUUUGAUGGUGAUGAAUCUGAUGAUGGAGCAAUAGACAAUAGUAGUGCCAUAAUUAAAGAUAAUAUAACUUUGGAAUAUCAUAAGAUAGGAAAUUAUCCAGAAUAAACAAAUUUAUUGAUUUUGCCAUCAGGACAAAAAAUUUCAAAAUACUUAUAUUUUUAUGAGGUUACAUAAGAAUAGGUUCCAUUUGAAUGGGUAUUUAGAAUAAUAAAUCUGAAUAGAUUUGGAGAUGUUAUAAAGAACGGUAUAUCAAAUGAAAGUUGUACAAUUGAUGGUAGAAUUCAAAAUUCAUCAUCAUAUGAUGUAUAAAAAUCUUUUAGUAAUAAUUUCACAAUUCCAUCAAAAGUGUAUUAUAAUUAAGAGAAGGGAGGAUUUGAUAUGGAUGAUUUGAUUCUGAUUUUUGAUCCUUUAUCUUCCGAUAGUUUGUAUUUAGAACUUCGAUUUAUAUGUAAUUCUGUUGCAUUACCGAUAUACAAUCCAAAACCACCUUAUUAAAUAGUAGGAUAUAAUAGGAAUUAUGAAUUGUAUGCUAGAGUUCGUACAUUUCCAUGUUAAAUUGGUGAAGCUUAUGAUUCUUAAUAAUGCAAAGCAUGUUAGAAAUCAGAUAUGGCUUAUUCAGUAAAGUUAGGAUCAGUUAUGUGUAAAUAAAUGAAUAGAUUAACAAUGAAAACAGUCACACCAACUGGUAUAAAUUUAAUUUAAGGAUAUUGGAGACCAAUAUAUUAAAAUGAUUAGAUUGAAUAUUGUGUAAAUCUACCUAAUAAUUGUAAUGGAGGAUGGAUACCUGGUAAUCCAUCUUGUUACACAGGACAUGUUGGAGCGUUAUGUGAAUCAUGUGAUAUAUAUAUGAUCUAAACUGAAGAGAGAUGGGCUCCAUCCGAUCCAUAUAAAUGUGGAUUAUGUAAAGAUUCAGAGAAAUUUAAUUUGAUCAUAAUAAUUGCUAUUUCUAUUUUAACUAUGAUUUCAACAAUAAUGUCAGUAAAAGGAACUUUUGAAGCUCUUCAAUUAUAAAUUGUAGAAAAAGCAACUAUUAUGAUAGGUGUAAGACUAUAAUAACAUUCUUCUAAUUUAGCUACUAUUGUUCAAACUCUAACUAAUUAUUUUUAAAUUGUUUAAAUUGUUAUGACUUUUUAAUUAUAGAUACCAAGUGGUGUUUAAACUGCUACAUAAACAGCUGGUAAUCCAACUGGAUCUAUGGCAUAUUCACUUGAUUGUUUACUAAUAAAAAUUACAGAAAUAGAAUUAUUAUAUUUUAAAAUGAUUUGGGCAUUAAUAAUGCCAUUGAGUUAUUUGGGUGCCAUUAUUUUUGGAUAUCUUAUUAUUUGUAUUAUUGGAAUUACUAAAUUCUCAUAGUCAAUAAUUUAUACUGCAUUAAUUUAUAUGUUUUUAUAUAUGCAUCCAACUCUUGUAUAAGGUUUUAUCUCUUAAGCUUCCAUAAGGACUAUAAGUGGUCUAUAAUGGGUUAAAGCUGAUGUUGCAUAUAGAUAUGAUAGUGAUCUUCAUAAUUAUUGGAUGGCUCGCUUUAUUGGACCUAUGCUCAUUCUUUGGGUUAUUUUAUUACCUGGAUUAUUUAUGUUCAUGGUUUGGCGUAAAAGAAAUAAACUUGAGUUAAUGCAAACUAAAAUGACUCUAGGAUAUUUCUAUAGAGAAUACUCUAAAGAUAGUUAUCUUUGGGAAUUUGUUAAGAUAUUUCAAAAAGAAUUCUUUGUCAUCAUUUUAGUCUAUUAUGAAGAAUAUGUUAUUAUAAAAGGAUUACUUAUUGUUUUAGUCCUUUUUAUCUAUGGAUGGUAUCAAGUCUCAGUUAAUCCUUAUAGUAGUAAAACUUUAAAUCAAACUGAUAGAUAUUCUACUAUGGUAUGUGCUGCAACACUUUGUUUAGGUGUCUUAAUGUAUGGAGCCUAAAUAAAGGAUUAUUUCUAUCUUUAAGUUAUUAUUCUCAUUAUUUUAGCAUUUUUAAAUCUUUGGUUUAUUAUUAUGUGCAUUCUAUAAAUAUUUUAAGGCUAUCUCAUAAAAUUCUAAGUAAAUAUUUAUUAUGAUUCUAUUUCUAGGAUCAAUUAGAUUUGAUUAGAGAAAAGUUACUCAAAUCUAAACCAGAAUUAUCAAAAAAAAGAGGAUUCCUUGGAAAAUUACUUAUUCAUAGAGGAAAUAUGUAAAAAAGGGUCAAAUAUCUUUGGAGUUUGCUAAAAUCAAGAACUCUUGCAGCUGUUCAAAUUACUAAAUUGUCUGAAGAAAUUUCUUUUGAGGAUGCUCUAGAAUAUGUUAUUCAAAAUGAAAUUGAUUAAACUCAUAUUCUUAAAACAUCACAAAAAAAACAUUUUGAAAUACUAAAUAGCCAAGAAAAUGAAUGA